AUGACGGGAGCCGCACGCCACGACACCAUCAACUUGGUUAUCGAUUCAUGGAAUACCUCCAAAGUUUUUCGUCAAGCAAAACUGCUUGCCGAUGAACGAUUAGAUGCGCUCCAGCUGUUUGAACUGCAUAUGGCAGUAACUGAGGAUCUCGCUCGUCAGCAUGCAGACGAGGUUGGUGAAUGGUCCCGGCUUUCUCGAUUGCCACAAAAAUCACGAACUGGAGAAUGGGAAAGUGCUUAUCAGCAUAGGUCUACUGCAGUAAUAACUAUCGAGGACGUUUUGUCAAAUCAACUGGCGAAAGACGAGCCUCCCUCGGCAGCUCGAUGGAUUCAUGAUGGGAUUGAUAUUGAGCGACAGCAAAUGCUUAUUAUUGCGUUGCUUAAAAGUCAUCGUGAGCAUCCACUUCAAGAAACCUGGGACACAAUAACGCGGGUUCGUGAUACUCUGAAUACGGCACUGAGACAAUUUCGGGAACACCAACGUGCAAUUUACCCACGUCUACAACUCAGCGCUCUUGACAUUGAUGAACCAGAGUUGACCGAGAUUCAACUCCCGUCCUGGCGAAUCAAGCAUCACCAGCGCUUGGUUUCCAGCACUGAUCCGGAUGAUGUGGCAUUGCGGGCAGCUGAGAUCAAGCUCAGGUGCAGUCAAGCGGAGAAUGGCAUUCUGGCAGUACAGGCUGCUUCUUUGGCAUUGUCAGCAACGAAAAAGGCUCGUGAGCUUGAUUAUCGUGGACAGGGUGGCAUUACACGCUCUCAACGAAAUGAGCAAAAAGGCCAUCUUGUCAAGGAUCACGAGAUCAACACGUACAACCGAGCUCGAGAUGCGUUGGUGGACCUGGACCAUAUCAAGAAGGACUCAGAUCAACCAUUUCCGACUCUCAGCCGACGUGAUACGCGGCGCAAGGAGACACAUCUCCAUCGUGCAAAAGGAGACUCACGUCUUUUUGAUGGUACUGCUUGGUAUCUACAAAGCGGAACCAAGAUUGCCUCAAAAUCAAUUUCUUCAUUACUUCAGCCGCUUUCAGAUGGAGCUAGUGACUCUGAGGAUGAGCCACAGCUACUCACAGGGACCAAGACACUCAAACGAUCUGGUCCUCAGAAAUCACCUCGCCCUGCCAAACGUGUCAAAGACAUCCUACCCAACACCAGUGAUGAGGAUGAAGCAGCAGAGAAUGGCACUACAAAUUCACCUGGGCCACCACAGGGAAGAACACCAAAAAGGUUACACAAGAACAAGUCACCUAUGAAAAAGGCAACCAAAAGUGAUGGUUGGAUCUGGAUGGAUAGUUGGACAAAGGGUCAUAUCUCCAAUGACUCUAAAGUUGCUGAAUAUAAACAAGAAGCGGAUCGUGUACAGUACCUGCGUGCUGAAGCUGAGAUGUACCGCUGGCUAGAGCAGUAUGAAAGGAAGCAUGCUGAGCUCUGGCGGGUCAUUGAGCGCUUUGGGCAUGAUGCUACUGUGUGGGAGGGCCUUGCAAACCGUGCAGAGGCACAGAAUGGCUGCAACACAAUGCUAGGCGCGAGUAGGAGCAGGGAUGGGCUGCGACGGUCGAUUUGGCGUGGCUUGAGUAAUCCCUCACUUUUCGCUGGCGAGUCUGACACCCAGGGUGGCGGCCUCUACUGGGCGGAAACAAGCGGCGUGAAAUCAGCCGCGGACGGCCCGGAUGGCAAGCAGCAGGGCACAACCAAGGCGGGGGACAAGUCGCUACGCGUGUUCAAGUUUUUCACGGUGCGUUACCCAUGUCUUGCUCAUCACGCAGAGCCAAUCGCUCAUUUCACUAAUAGGUCUACUGCCCCCACCGACGGCGCUCCGCCUUCCGCAGACACCACCGGCCCCGUUCGCCGACGCUGCAAUCGAUUCCCAUUCCACUCCUCUCCACCUGCCCCCAUGUCCUCUCCAGUCCCCGUCUUCGACGAAAGCGAUGCCCUUCCGCCGGUUGGGCCCCAGCGGUCUGCGCGUGCCGCUCUUCUCUCUCGGCGGCUGUCCGUCUUUGCGCAUUCCCCAUUGGCUUUAGCUGAGCUCUCGACAGGGCUCACCCUCGGAGGCUCCGUCGUCGGCGAGAGCGUCAAGGACAUCAUGCAGGCCGCCUUCGAGAAUGGGAUCAACAUGUUCGACACCGCGGAGGACUACCAGAAAGGUGCGGCUGAGCGCGAAAUGGGACACGCUAUCAAAGAACUUGGCUGGCGCCCGCACGGACCUCGUCAUCUCAACCAAGAUAUUCUGGAGCCACGAGCCAGGCACGGGCCCGAACGACACGGGGCUGUCGCACAAACACGUUAUCGAGGGCACGAAGGCUUGUUUGCGACGGCUCCAGAUGGACUAUGUCGACGUCAUCUUCGGCAUCGUCGUUGCGAUACCACCGUUCCGAUGGAGGAGAUCGUCCGCGCAUUUAACUAUGUUAUCGACCAGGGCUGGGCUUUCUACUGGGGCACCUCCGAGUGGAGCGCGCACCAGAUCGAGGAGGCGCAUCAUGUUGCCACGCGCUUAAACCUCAUCGCGCCGAUCGCAGAGCAGUGCAAGCACAACAUGUUCCACCGCGAACGUCCGGAGAAGGAAUACGCCCCUUUGUACGCCAAGUACGGCCUGGGCACAACCGCAUUCUCUGCACUGCAGGGCGGACUGCUGACGGGGAAGUACAACGACGGCAUCCCAGACGGCACGCGCGCCGCCACCGUGCCCAUGUUCCGCGGGGCGACGGAGGGUCCCCAGGGCGAAGAGCUGCUUUGGAAAGUGCGUCUCCUCAGCCAAAUUGCUGCGGUCAUCCUCGGCGUGUCCUCCGUCGCACAGCUCGAGGCGAACCUCGGCGCGCUUGAGGUCCUGCCCAAGCUGGAUGCUGCGGUGUUGGCGGAUCGAGGCUGUGUUGGGUAA